AUGGCUUUAACUCGCAAUUUCAUUUGCCGUACUCAAAGCCGCUCUCCUACAAAAGUGUCAACACCUAUCCAUUGGCCCAUCUCUAGUAGUAAAUCGCAUUGCUCUGUUUCACCCACAUCUUCAACCUCAUGGGAUCAGCUCUCCAGUCCAAGUGGAGAUGAGGUGAAGGAAGACUUUAUUUCGUACUGGGAAGACGUUCGAUUUAUUGCAAUUUCCGGGAAGCGAAAAUGCGGCAAAGACUACGUUGCCACUUUUCUUCACAAUGAAAUUCAAGAAAGAUUGGGUCAAACAGCUGCCAUCAUUCACAUUUCAGAGCCAAUCAAACGUGCUUUUGCUGAGGAGUAUCAUUUGGAGCUGCAGGAACUGAUGUCCUCGUCUGCCUACAAGGAGCACUUCCGCCGUCACAUGGUGAGAUGGGGGGAGGCCCUACGGAGAAAAGAUACCACCAUUUUCUGUCGCAAGGCUCUUGAAUAUCUUAUCCAAGAUUCGCCCUUCAAACCCGCCUUCGUAAUAGUGGCUGAUUGUCGUAGACCCACCGACCUCGAAUACUUUUCCAGUCUGAACAAGGAUACACCUCUUCUGCACCUGAGAAUUUUGGCAUCUCCUGUCACUCGGGGAGCGCGUGGAUGGAUUUACAAUUCGGGAAUCGAUGAUGCAGAGACGGAGUGCGCCCUCGAUAGGACUCCCUUCGACGUUCUUGUAAUAAACGAGUCACAGCGUACUCUAACCCUCUCUAUGGCUGUUGUCCGACGGGCUCUCAGCGAUAACCCCCCUCGAAAAAUGAUGACAAUCUGA